AUGUCGCUGCCAAGACGUUCGUACGAUCCGAGGCGCGUCUGCCUCGUGCCGCUGCCUUCGCUGCCGGCGUUCAUGCAGACGAGCAAGCGCCAGGCGGGCAUCUACCUCUCCGGCGCGCUCUUCGCCCUGGGCUGGUGGUUCUUCCUCGACGCCUCCAUCAUCUCGUCCAUGCGUCUGCGCAAACCCAUCGACCCCACCGCGCCCUACGAUCCACCAGCCACCUACAUCACCUUUGCCGAUUGGGUGCCCGGCCUGUGCGGCACGCUCGGCAUGAUCGUCGUCAACCUCAUCGACAAGCAGCAUCUUACGGACGUCGGCGCCGCUUUCUCUUUCGGCGGUGGAGGAGGCGGCUCGUUCGCCACCGACAGCGUACAGUGGAGAGCCCGCCUGUUUCUCUUCAUCGGCUUCGCUCUCAUGGCCGGCGGUCUGGCUGGUAGCAUCACCGUGCUGACGGUCAAGUAUCUCGUUCCGGCCUUGCCCGAGGGCUACGAGUACUACGGCGUUGCAAAUGUCGUCCAAAACGCCUGCAUCAUGUUUUCCACCGUCCUGCUCUGGCUCAGCCAGAACACAGAGAGCGAGUACGAGUACAACCUCACGCUCUGA